AAAAAAAGGGCAAAGGUUCUUUCCUUGACCCGAUUAGGGUGGGCGAAGGCAUCCCUCGCUUUCUCCUCCCCUUCGCCCUUCCCGCUCCCUUUCCCCUCUUGCAAGCAAUUAUCGAAGAAUCGACAAGAGAAAAGGGCAAGCAAGAACCGUCCCCUUUCUCUCCUCCCAUCCCUUGUUCGAUUCCUGAUCGCGGAUCGGGACGCAGUCCUUCUUCGUCCAGGGUUAGGGCUUACGAUCCCCUCGUGCCAUGGGUGCUGACGGUGACUCUGUCGACGCGGGCGACUCGGCCGCUGCUGCCGCCGCCGUUGGGGAUGGGGCCACCGUCCACAUCCGCUCCUCCAACGGGUCCAAGUUCUCCGUCCAGACGGACCUCGAGUCCACCGUGGGAUCCUUUAAGGCCGUUAUUGCGGAGAAGUCCGACGUGCCGGCCGAGCAGCAGAGGUUGAUCUAUAAAGGCCGGAUCUUGAAGGACGAACAAACCCUAGCUAGCUAUGGCUUGGAGUCUGACCACACUAUUCACUUGGUUCGUGGUUUUGCAUCAUCAACUGCAUCUACUGAUCAAACUUUAAGAACACCAAACAGCACUUCAGACGGUGGAAGAAGUGUUGGUUCCAAUGAAGGUGGGGGCUUUGAAGCUGCUUUUGGAGGUUCACCAUUUCCUGGCCUUGAUGCUAAUGUGCUAGGUGAUAAUGGAGGAUCCGGUUUGUUUGGAUUUGGAUUGCCAGAGUUUGGUCAGGUGCAACAACAGCUGGCUCAGAAUCCUACCAUGAUGAGGGAAAUAAUGAACUUGCCUGUUUUUCAGAACCUGAUGAAUAACCCUGAGCUACUGCAUAACAUGAUGAUGAACAAUCCGCAAAUGCGUGAGAUCGUAGACCGGAAUCCUGAUCUGGCACAUGUACUUAAUGACCCCAGCACUCUUCGACAGGCUCUGGAAGCUGUAAGAAAUCCUGAACUCAUGAGAGAGAUGAUGCGGAACACUGAUAGGGCUAUGAGCAACAUUGAAUCUUCUCCAGAAGGAUUUAACAUGCUCAGGCGUAUGUAUGAAACUGUUCAGGAGCCAUUUCUCAAUGCCACAACAAUGACAAGGGAUGCAGGAAGUGAUUUGGGUUCUAAUCCAUUUGCAGCGCUUCUUGGAAAUCAGGGUGCCACCCAGUCUAGGGAUCCGUCUCCAAACCCUUCAACUACUGGUUCUGAAGCAACGACUGGGUCUGCUGAACCAAAUGCUAGCCCACUUCCAAAUCCUUGGAGCAAUGCUGCAGGAGGUCCACAAACGACGAACUCAAGGUCAAGUCCUGCCAGUGAUGCAAGGACUUCUGGUGUCGCUGGGUUAGGCAGGCCUGGAUUACCAGAGUUGGAAAGGAUGGCUGGUGGUAUGGCGGACCCAUCCCUCUUAAAUCAGAUUAUGCAAAAUCCAGCCAUGAUGCAGAUGAUGCAGAGCCUCCUCUCCAACCCUCAGUUCAUGAAUCAGAUGUUAGGACUCAAUCCCCAGCUCCGUAACAUGGUGGAAUCUAAUACCCAGAUGAGAGAAAUGUUGCAAAAUCCUGAAUUUAUUCGUCAGCUUACUUCUCCUGAGACACUGCAGCAACUUCUGUCAUUGCAGCGUUCACUGUUUUCCCAGCUAGGUGGGCAACAGGCUAGCUGGGAACGUAAUCCAGGAGGCAAUGGUGCAGGCACACCAAACAGCACUGGGCUGGAUUCUUUGAUGAACAUGUUUGGUGGACUAGGGGGUGCUGGUGGACUUGGAGUUCCUAAUACUUCUAAUGUGCCUCCAGAGCAGCUUUAUGCAACCCAGCUGUCUCAGCUACAAGAAAUGGGCUUCUUGGACACCCAGGAGAAUAUUCGUGCUCUGAGUGCCACUGCUGGGAAUGUCCAUGCUGCAGUUGAGCGGCUCUUAGGGAAUAUGGGUCAAUAGAUCACCAUCAUGUGUUAUUGUCCAUUUUGUGUAGCUCACAUCCAUACCCACAGUUUCAGCUUCUUCGUAAUUUUGGCAAGAAAUAAGUAGAUAUGUGUGGCCGAGAGCUGUGCAGCUUGCUAUGUGGUUACUGGAACUAUUGGCGCCUUUGCCGUGUCACUUUGUUGAGAUUAUAUAUAUGAAGAUUCUUGGUUUUUGUAGAUAACACACUUUAAAUACUCCUUGGACUUGUGAAUUGUC